AUGCAACAUUAUUCGUGCUGCACUGGGCCAGUUCACAGAUGUCCUAGGCCCUACGAAGCCCCUGUGACGCCAGACCAGAAGCCGCUGCUGGUGAAUCAAGAAACUGGCUCACCCUGCGUCUCCCAACUCCAGGGCUCCCCUACGCCUCGCCCCUUCCGCUCCGGCCAGUCCAGCAGGCCCGGGAUGCCACCACGGCCCCCGGCUCUGGGCAGGCCCCAGCGAACCAAGGCCUCCAGCACAUCCCAGGGCGGGCGGCUCCAGCAGCCUAGGUCACUCCAGGCACACGCUUCCGCCGGCGGGUCAGCUCACCCCCACGCUUGCCGGCUCUCGAGGUCCCGGGCGUCUUGCAUGGACCAGGCGCGCGGCUCCUGCCUCCGCCUGCAGCUCCAGCGCCUCCGCCUGCAGCUCCAGCGCCUCCGCCUGCAGCUCCAGCGCCUCCGCAGCUCCAGGCGCUGUCCCAGGCAGUUCCCAGAACCAAAAUACAAUGGAACAAAUAGGACUAAAGCAACAAAUGAUCCUCUUGGUGAUGUGAACUGCUAG